AUGGUUAGCAAAAAUCCAAAUUAUGGUACUUUUAUAGAUUCUUUCAAGUUUUCUGAGAAUUUAGAGAAUUCCACAGAAAGGAAUCUCGAUGUUUAUUUAACUCUUUACUCUAAAAUUUUGAAUGUUGGUCCUGUUUUGGACUACGCUUUAAAUGUUAAUGACUAUAAUAAACCUUUAAGCCCUGAUGAUUCUUUUAAUUCUAUCAAAACUCCAAAAUCUAUCCUAGAUUUCAAUGUUUUAUUUCUAGUUUUGAGACCCAGUUUGAUUCUUUCUGUUGAUCAUUUACUUCAUUCCGUAGCUCGGGCCUUAACUAACGUUUUAAGCUCUAAGCCUGUUUCCAGCAACUUUACCACUGAGGUUGCCUUUAUGUUAUCUGGAUCUUCUAGUGUUGGGAAAUCGCUGGAACGUGUUUUAUUAUCAAAAAAUGAUAAAUCCAGUCCCGCCUUAAUACUCACCCUUUCCCAAAAUAAGUCCAGGGAUAGCAUCUUGGAUAUCAUUAAUGGAGUUCAAGACGACAUUUCGAACCUUGAUAAAUACACCAAGGUCGACGACCUAACAAAGGAAUUUAAAAUUACACAAGAGGAGCUAAAACUCCCAGGGGGAUUAGAGGCAUCUAUUUUAUGCAGAAUUGGCGUUAAAAGGAUUUAG